AUGGCUGUCUCUCCCUUCAACCAUGCCGUUCUCGCCCUGACUUGCACCUUCAUGGUGAUGAGCACGCUGAGCUUGAGCUUGAUGGGCAUGGCAAGGAAAGAUGCAACUGCGGCCUUCAACCGCAUCGCUGUGAUGGUGACUACAUGUGCCUCCAUCGCCUACUUCCUGAUGAGCAUGGGGAUGGGCAUCCUGGAGGAUGAGAAUGGAAUGCGAGUUUACUGGGUUCGAUAUGUUGAUUGGUGCUUCACAACGCCAUUAAUGCUCCUUGAGCUGGGCGUCAUUGCUGGAGCAGACAACUGGCAGACAAUUAUGCUCAUUGUGAUUGACGAGCUGAUGCUGCUUUUCGGCAUUGCGUCCUCCCUGAGCUAUUCAGGCAAGUGGCCGUUCUUCAUGCUGGGUCUGCUGUCCUUUGCGGGGGUUGUGCUGAAGCUCUUCUUCAGCCUCACAACCAAAGCGGAAAAGCUGGGAGGCGAGGCCGAGAUGCUUUUCAAGUUUGUCGCCAAUCGCACAGCAGAAAUUUGGUGCAUCUAUCCUGUGCUCUUUGCCCUUUGCGAAUGUACAAAAACACUGCCGGAGGAGGUUGAGGUCGCAGGCUACGCCAUCGCCGACGUGAUCGCCAAGUGCGGCAUUCCAAUGAUGGUCUGGGUGUCCACAGUGACGAACUCCAGAAAGCUGGGACUCGGCCUGAUUGAUGGGGACCAAGCGGCAGCGGAGGAUGUGGAGGACCAUUCAGAAGUGGCUGCAGCCUAUGAUCCAGAGCUGGUGAAGUCAGAAAUCGUCUCGGAUCCCGUGAAGUCGGAAAUCGCGUCGGAUCCCCUGCAGUGA